GCGAAUCAGUGAGGCAGCACCACCGUAUAAGUGUUGACAGUAGGCCUGCAAGGAGUUAUUCGCCUUUUUCGUGUCUGUCUGCUACGAGACUACGCCGAGGUUGUUCAGGCGCUCUGCCUGCAGACUAAGCGGGAUCUCGCGAGAGUGGUGGCGUGGCUGGCUGGCUGUGGGGUUGCAGUAGACAGAGGGAGAAGGCAGGCAGGCAGCAUCAUGGCGGACAGAGACAGUGGAAGUGAGCAGGGAGGAGCAGCCACGGGCCCGGGCGUUGGUUCCAUGCACCCAGUGACAGGAGGGGCGGGCUCGGCUUCCGGGCUGCAGCACGAGACGCAAGAGCUAGCGUCGAAACGGGUUGACAUUCAAAACAAACGUUUCUACCUGGACGUGAAGCAGAACGCAAAAGGCCGCUUCUUGAAGAUAGCCGAAGUCGGGGCCGGGGGAAACAAGAGCCGCCUCACUCUCUCCAUGUCAGUGGCAGUAGAGUUCCGUGACUACUUAGGGGACUUCAUCGAACAUUAUGCCCAAUUAGGUCCUAGCAAUCCGGACAUCGCACAGGAUGAGCCGAGGCGAGCACUUAAAAGCGAAUUCUUGGUCAGGGAGAAUCGGAAGUACUACAUGGAUCUGAAAGAGAACCAGAGAGGCCGGUUUCUGAGGAUUCGACAGACCGUGAACCGGGGGCCCGGUUUGGGAUCCACGCAAGGCCAGACGAUUGCUCUUCCUGCCCAGGGACUUAUUGAGUUUCGUGACGCUUUGGCCAAACUCAUUGACGACUACGGAGUAGAUGACGAACCUGCGGAGUUGCCGGAGGGGACCUCCUUGACCGUGGACAACAAACGCUUUUUCUUCGACGUGGGCUCCAAUAAAUACGGAGUGUUCAUGAGGGUAAGCGAGGUGAAGCCAACAUACCGCAACUCUAUCACGGUGCCCUACAAAGUGUGGUCAAAAUUUGGGAAUACGUUCUGUAAAUACGCGGAGGAGAUGAAGAAGAUCCAGGAGAAACAGCGGGAGAAAAGGGCAUGUGAGAUGCAGCAACAAGAGGAGAUGCAUGCUGAUGAUGCGGACGAGGAUUGAUAUAGCGCAAAAACAUGCAAAAAAAAGUAAUCAAAAUAACAAAAAGAGAAAUUAUAAUUAAAAACUUUACUGUAAAAAGAAAGAGAUCUAAAGAUUUAACUGUAACUGUUUAACUCCAAGGGAGCACCACCCACAAAAAAGAAACCUACACAAACUGACAGUAAUGACAUGUUGUCACCCAUCGCUGGAUGUUACCCACUUAUCCACCAUUAAUACAGUAAGCGGCUGCUAAACAAAGUAAUAACAUUAUAUAUGAACCGUGUUUCCUACUUGAUGACAGAUGAUAAAGAACUGAGUGUUUAUUUCCCUUAUUAACCAAUACCUUUUGUACACGUUAAAGCUAUUAUAAAAAGUGUUUGCAAUUUUCAAAUGGAAUUAUUGCCGAGUUAUAGAAAGUGAGCUAAUGACUUCAGCACAAAUCAGAUAUUUUAGUUUUUUUUUAACCAAAAUGUAAAACCUUUUUAAAGGGUUGUCAUUGUGUACUUGCCACCCUAUUUACCUUUACCUGUGAGUAGAGAUGUGUUUACACAAAUCAUAAAUGUAUGAGGGCUAGGCCUGCAUAGGAAUUUUGUUUAGAUGUCAUGCAGUCUGAAAAAGGUACAUAGGCAAUGUCAUGCAAGGAAAUAAGUGCUCACUCUCUCUUGUGCAUUGCAUUGCAUCAAACUCGAACACAUUGAACUGGUCAAUGGAACUCGACAUGAAUACCUUCAAAAGGAAUAUAACUGUUGUAACUUUUGUUUGAAAUUGAAGUUGUCGUCAUGCAGAUUGGUAUACUAUAGACUACCUUUGUGUCUCGUUGUCAUGCAAUGUGUUUUUUAGAAAGGUACUCGUCUUAGAUUAAGGAAGUGCAGUGACAACAUGCAGCAAAUGACAUGACAAGUGCUUGAGAACAGCAUAUUUGUAAAAUAGAGCACUCAACCCUGCUAGCACCACCUAAUUGGCUUCAUGGUCUAUUGAGUGCUAAAACAAAAAGUAAAGCAUGGUUUUGUGAAUCUGAAAUGUAUGUCAAUGUCAGCACUUAUGGAACAGAGGUUUUCUGUUGGGGAAUUUGACACACAAAGGAACAGAAAAUAUCAGUCAACCAAUAGGAUGCCAAGGUGCCAAUGAGUUUUGUUGCUGCAUGUUUACCUGUACAAAGCCUGAUGUUAGUUUUCCAACAUUGUGGCUCAAGGACCUCUCUCCAAGCUGGUUUUCAUCCCUGACAAUGCUCAACUCUUUAGCUUGAAUGCUGGUAUGACUCUGGAUAUCUCAUCAAGUUUUAUAAACCUUGUCAGUUUCCAAAGAAGCUGGCAAUAAAUCAGACCAUGACAAAUGUACCUUAGUAUUCAGUGGAAAGAUCACUUGGCAGAUUGGAGUGAAAAGCAGCAGGCCUAACUGUCCUUGAGCCCCCUGAUUGGCGCUACUGGUGUUAAUGAUACCCAAAUGGGUGUGUCCUCUUCAGCAUAUUAACAACCUGGUGCCUUACACACUCCGCAUGCUUACAUGCUGGCCUGGUGCUUUGGAUCAUGGCUUGGGUUAUUCUUUUCCCCAUGUAUUCCCCGGUAUGCCACAGCAUAACUUGUGGUGCUAAAGAACCCUAAAGAAAAGGGGCAGAUUACUAAGCGUUUUCUGCAACCUUCCUCCCCCUUCCCCAACCUCACUCCCAUCCCCAAGCCAUCCAGGUAUCGGCCUACAUGUAAGCAUGGAAGGGGGUGGUCACCUAGAAGACGAUGCAGAGAAACCUGCUCUUCACAGGCCCAGCCCGGUGAGGUGGAGCGGAGAGCAGGGGCUGACUGGAAACAUCACUGUGGACUGGAUUCAGAACGCUUGUUGGAGCCCCCCUUGUGAUAUUCUCUGUGUGUAGUUCUACGACUUGGGCAGUAAUGUGUAAUUUGUAAGUUGCUAAAGACCUCAAUUACAGGGGAGUAGUAAGCAUGUCUUAUUUUGUUUUAGUUUUUUGUUUGAACUUUUCAAUGUUAUUUCACAUUAUUUGUAAUUUUGAAUGUUUUUUUGCUCACAACGGAUAUUUUCUUUUUUCUUUUCAGUGCAACAUUUCAUUACUGUGUGCAAUAUCGUAUGUGCCAAUGGUGGCAAUAUAUGUAUAUCAAUUAAAUAUAUGAUUAAUAUUUGAAAGCA